AUGGCUCCAUUCAAUUGGAAUCUAGCCUUGUGUUGCUGCUUUAAAGCCGGGCAGUUCCUGCCUGGGAAGUCACGCGUCGACACUAGCCCACCCCUUGAGCUCGCAACCUACUUCAACAUCCCCAUCUCACACUUUAAUACCUUGUUGAGCUGUUCUACUCAAGACUGCCGGGACCCAUUCGUUCAAGCACUUGAAGCACUUCAAAAACUUGAAGCACCCAGACGCCGAGAGUCUCGCUUUCAUGAGAACUUCGACUACGAACCUGCAGCCACGAUGAGCAAUCCUACUGUCGAGGAGACGAUUGCACGUCUCACCUCGGGAUCUAAGAACGAAGGUGUUUCGUUGGCUAGCCAAAUCAAGCAGCUGUAUACCAAGUCUGGCGGAAAGAUCUACACCAAACCCUGCGGCGGCCCAAGAUUCUGCAAGAGCCUCAUUUGCGAUCACAAUCUGGCAAAGCCCGACCUGGAUGCGAAGGUCAAAGAUGCACCUAGCGCUCCCGAUCCGAAGAUCAACCCAGAACAUAUCAAGCUGAUUAUGGCUCGUCUCGAGAAGGAUGGUUACCCUGUCACUGAGGAAUAUCUCACCGAGGCGUACUGCUUCUAUGAAUACAAGAUCGCUGCCACGAUCAUUACUACCAAGUCUAGAAUCGACGCCCACAGCUCGACGGUAGAGACUGACAGACAUGAUACAGGUGAGGAAUAUCUUCACGAAACCGGUCGCAUCAACAUGCACCGCGAGCGACGAGACGCCAUACACUCUGCGCCAACAACGAAGUCCAUGACCAGAUAUGGUAAUGGCCUGCCUAUCGCCCGAAAUAAAUUCCUCGACUGGCUGGUGGAAGAAGACGAUCUGCUCGAGAACGCCGCCGCUCCCCACCCCCCUGGCUAUGUCCCUCUGUACAAGAGAUUAGCUAUUCGCAAGUAUUCCAAGGAGGAGGAGGACGCCAUUACCAGGUGUUAUCUCGCAGAGGCCAAAUACCGCGAGGAGCGCUCCGAGUAUUUCAAGGCGUGCAAGUCCGAAGGCUUAGCUGGCGACGAGCUCGAGAAGGUGAUGGAGACAUGGGAGAUGGACGCGGCCGUUCCCUUCAACGUUGAUAUCCCGAACCGACGCGGAGUUCCUCGAUUGGACGCCGAGGGCAACGCCCACAAGGCCGUCCUGUACAGAACAUUUCAUCGCAUGGUCCCCGGUAUUUACAACGGUGCCUGUGGUGAUUGUAGCAAGCAUCUGGCUCCGGAGGAUGAAGAGUCUGUCAAAUCCAACGCAGCACUCGUCGCCGAUCGAGAAACCAAGGCCGCGGAGGUGAGAACAAGCAGCAAAGGAAAGGGAAAGGAGGUCGGACGUGCGGAUGAGCAAACAGAGCCCACCUCGCCACUGGAGUACGACUGCGCUGCCAUCCGCGCAAGACGCAAGGCCUACGAGCGAAGCCACCCUCAUAUCAAUGCUGCCCUCGACAUGGAGCGUGCGACAUAUCUUGCGACCAAUGUCUAUACGUAUGAUCCCGAGUUGAAGCGCACCACGUCCACCUCCCCCGUCGGCGAGCCGGCCGAGAUGGUGAAGAUCAUCAACAAGCUGGCCGAUCUAGAUCUCAAGUACGAGAUUAUCGACAAUGGCGAGGGCCGUCUCGUCUUGAACAGUGAGCGAAUUCUAGGGCUCAUCGACGACCUGAACACGGCCAUCGAUAGCCUCGAGUGUAAGAUUGUCGACGAGGACGUGAGUUCGCACGCCGUCGCCACGUGGAAGAAUUCCGCCGGCCAUGCCCUAGUCAAGCUCUUCAAGUACGCCAUCGUCACCAACCACUUGAUCAUGGAGGAGGAACUGCACACGAUGGUGCAAUGGACCCUCAGCAGGGCCGACGAGCUGGACCGAGAGAUCAAGGCUCGUAGCUACCCGCGCAUGACCGCUGCUGAGCGGGACCACAAGUUCAGCAACGUCGAUUUCCAGAGCGACAUGAAAGAGUUCAUGCUCCUCGCCCAGAAGACCGUCGCUCUUCCUGACGCGAGCGAUCGCGGGCUUGCCCAGGCGCGGCUGGCCAUGAAACACAAGGAGGAGAAGAACAUGGAGGACUUCAUGAUGCACCGUCUCCGGACCCUCACCGGAUGCUUCCAUCUCCCCGAUGUUCUCAACGUGGAGAACAUCCCGAUCUGCGAAGAGUUGAUGGAGAAGGCCCGCGACUUUGACUUCGUGGUCGACCCGCCCGCUCUCCCGGGGGAGGGGCCUGCGGAUACCUUCCGGAAGGCUUUAGCCAUCUUCCAGUCCGGUGACGAGCAGGCCAAGGGCCCCGAGGAGCACGAGUGCGUUGCCCGCGUACUCCAGCGCGAGAGGGUCCCGACCAAGAUUGCUCUCCUGUGUCUCCUGGGGGAGCCUGCGAAGGGCCAGCCGGACCAGGACUCGGAGAUGCGCCAGAUCGUUCGGGCCUCCCUCCGCGCCGACCUGGUGACGCUCCUGGCCUACUACGACCAGAACCGCGACACGAUCCUCGGGGGCGGGACCCGCUUCUUGCGGGCCGUCACCGGCAUCAACUUUGCGGACAUGUCGGCCGGCACGGCUGCGCGCCAGAUCCGCCGGAUUGACGCGCGCCAGGUCUGGCGAUGGCUCAUCGACUAUCAGGUUGGCCGUGCCCGCCUGGAUACCGAUGUCAAGGGGGCUCUCGGCGAGGAGCUGAAGAAGGGUGCGAGCAAGAUUGCGGAGGCUACACGCCGUCUGGGUCUGGAUGAUGAUGAUGAUGAUGAAGAUGAUGAAGAUGAUGAAGAUAACGAAAGUGAUGAUAAUAGCGAGUGUCCAUCAGGCCUUGCGUUCUCGCGGAACAACUACAGUUAA